GGAUAGGAAGCAGCAGAGCACAGCACACAGAGUAAGUAAGCAAACGGUGACUCCAUUAGAGGACAGCAGCGAGGUCAUCUUCUUUGAUUCGGAGAGGAAGAAGAAAGGAAAAAUGGGAGGAAUUCUCAUGCAGCAUCACCAAAUUUCCCCCAGUCCUCUGCGGAAAGACUCCUUUCCCGGAUCAUUUUCUGCUCUCCUCAAAGCAUUUUCAGGUGGUGUUCUCCCCCGUGCUCCACGGCAAGGCUUUCGGCGCUCGUCUCCGGCGGUGACCGUCAGAUCAGAGGUCAACGGAUCUCCGUCGCUGCCAAGAACGGUCAGGAGGCACAGCAAAGAGGAGCUCAUGGAUUUCUUCGGAAGCAUCCAGGCCGCCAUUGCCAGGGACUCGCCCAAGGCGUCGAAGCGGACGAGGAAUCCAUCGUCGCCGGCGCCUGACUCAUUCGAAGACGCCGGCAGGAUGACGAAGCAAACACACGGUGAGCUGGGACGAGAUGGGCAGCCAGAUUUGAAGGACAUGAAGGUGCCAGAGCUGAGGGAGCUGGCAAGAGCAAGGCUGAUGAGAGGCUACUCGAAGCUGAAGAAGGGGGAGCUGAUCGAUCGUUUGAAGGGGGGUUUGGUCUGAUAAUUUCAGGCUUCUUAUUGUCCUAGGCCAUGAACACGGAUGGCGCCAGUGACUGAAUUGCUGGCAUGGUUCUUCAGAACUAAUUUUUCUAGCGGUUCGAUCUUCUGUUCAGUUUUUGUACAAUUUGAUGGCAUCAUCAUUUGACUCGGUGGAGGGCUUGCUGGUUAGCUUCAUUUCAAGAUGAGUUCCUUUUUCAGUUUGCAGCUUA